ACUAUCUUUCCGAAGUGAGAUGAAURGAUCGACCAUCCAUCACAAACAGCCAUGAAACCCUCCUUCGAUCCAAAACAAAGUAUCCGCCGGGGAAAUUGGUGGAAGAUAUCUUCAUUUGCUGCUGUUUCUGCUGUCGCUCUAGUGGUCGGCCAGCAAGGAUCUGGAAGUAGCCCGGUCCUCGUGGAAGCGUUUUCGACACAAUUGAAGACCGGCAAAGCACUUGGUCGUAGCAGCAGCGUCGGCAUUCCUCUGUUGUUUGGACAAGGGAUCCAUCGCAAGACUGCGGGCAACAUCCUCGGGACCGACGGCGCGAGAAGACCUCCGCGUUCCGGUUCUACCACCGCCCUGGCGGCAGGAAACUACCUAGGGGAACUGUUGGGACUAGGCCGCAAAGGAAGUCUCGUAAUUGCUGCUGUGRUUGCCUUUUUUCUCGGAUUGCAAUGUAUUUMMACCGUGGACGUCGGGCAGAUCGGUAUUGCCAGCACCUUUGGGAGCAUCGAACGGUAUGAUCCKGGGGUCCACAUUCGAAACCCGCUAAUCACUAAGGUCGAGAUCCUGUCUGCCAAGACGGAGCUGCUGGAGCAGUCGAACUAUGUUCCCACCAAGGAAGGACUCACGGUCGAGCUCGAUACGGCCGUUCUGGUCCGCCUGGAUCCGAAACAGGCGCUGUCGCUGUACGGAUCGGUUGGUCCCCAGUUUGUCAAGAAGCUGGUCCUCCCGGAGGCCAGCUCGGCGAUCCGCGGGCUCACCUCCGAGUCGGAAGCCAAGGCGCUCUACACCUCGGGUCGGUCCGAGAUCCAGAACAACCUCAGAAGCGAGCUAAAGGAGCGACUGGGACCCCGUGGAAUCAUCGUCGAGGACGUUCUCCUCAAAAACGUGGUGCUCCCGAAAGACUUGUCCGCUUCCAUCCAGGAGAAGGCCCGGGCCGAGCAGGAAUCGGCGCGGAUGGAAUUCGUGCUGAAAAAGGAAAAACAGGAGGCCGAGCGCAAGGCCAUCGAGGCCGAGGGGAUUGCCGAGUUUCAGAGGAUCGUCACAAAGGGCAUCACCCCGAGCUUGCUGCAGUGGAAGGGCAUCGAGGCCACCGAAAAACUCGCCCAGUCGCCGAACGCAAAGGUCGUSAUUGUUGGAAACUCGAAGGAUUCUCUUCCCGUGAUUUUGGGUGGCGGGAAGGACUAGUAGCGAACGCAACAAUGAACGGGGCUCGAAGAAAACAUUUGAUGCCAACAAAAGAAACAACACCUGAAAUGACUAGCGCCAAUCCGUUAAUGAGGAACGAGACGAAUGCCAAUUUUCUUCAAAGGGUUUGAGGUCAAUGGGCAAUGGUUGAUGCCACCGRUGUAAGCCUAAAAAUCGAAAGGCCGGGAUUAUGAAUUCUCAGGUCCGAAAAAAUCGAUUGACAAAAUAGUAGAUAUUGAUCUAUACAAACAAAUUUACCCGUGCGAAAUUAUACACUUG